AUGAAAUACUUAUGGAUCGACUCCCUCUGCAUCAUUCAAGAUGAUGAAGACGAUUGGCGCCACGAAGCGAGUCUCAUGGCCAACAUCUACGAAAACGCCGUCUUGACUCUCGGCGCCACAGCAUCCGCAUCCGACGCAGAAGGACUCUUCAGAUCAAGCUCAUCGAUCCACGAUUCCAUUGAACUUCGUGGUAAGACUUCAAAAGGAAAGAGAUACAUCGUGUACGCACGACGCCAACUCCCCCACUAUAUGGGCGACGAGCGUUUAUUCAAACGGGGCUGGAUCUUCCAGGAACGCUACCUGUCACCUCGCUUUCUGCAUUUCGCACCCAAUGAACUGAUAUGGGAAUGCAAAGAAGGUAUGGACUGUGAAUGCAACGAAAACAAACUUUUGGAGACCACAAAACGCGACCCCGUUGGCUAUUUCAAUACUCUGAAGUCCUCUUACCUGGAAGCUUUUACAGCUUCUCCCUAUCGCGUACAAGUCGCUUGGCGGCAUGUGGCCGACGCUUAUAUGGGACUUAACUUGAGUCAUGCCAAAGACACGCUGCCAGCACUUUCCGGCAUCGCGAAGAAAUUUAUAGGACUUCGCCCUGAAGAUAGAUAUCUAGCUGGGUUGUGGGAGUUCUCUUUUGCGGAAGACCUGCUUUGGCGUGCAGGAUCCUAUGGGAUUUCGGAGAAGCACGACCUUCGACCACGGCCGGAGAAGUGGAGAGCGCCUACUUGGUCGUGGGCAUCUGUUGACUCGGCAGUUAUGACUAGAAGCGCUGCGUACAACCGCUGGAAUGAUGACGGGCGAGGGAUGACUUCGUGUAUAGACGUCCUCGCUGUCAAUUGUAUUCCAGCUGGAGACGACAUCACGGGAGAGCUUUCCAGUGGAUAUGCGGUUUUAAGAGGUUCCAUAAUGGCAGGAUGUUUCAGAUCCUUUGCGCACGGCUAUGAGUGGGGAUACAUCGCCAAGGGGGGAUACGAAACGGAAUUCUCCCCGGAUUAUAGGUUCGAUGUUGAUGAUGACUCUCGUGUCCAGAAUGGAGACCGCGUUUUUUGCUUGCGGAUCGCUACGCAUAAUCCGAAGAUUGGGAGGAGCUCAGAUCAUUUUCUCGUGCUGAGGAAGAAACGUGGUAUGAUUGGGACCUUCGAGAGGAUUGGGUUGAUGAUGCUUGCGGUUGACGACAAUGGCUUUUAUCGGAUGUUCGAAUCGCGGCGAGAGGAAUGUGCCAUAAACAUCGUUUGA